AUGAUACAACCUAAUAUAAUUCAUAUGCUAACUAGGUCGAAUUUGAAUACACAAUAUUCGGAAGUUGUUUUUGGGAUAGGUGAUUACAAAAGGGGAAUAUAUAAAAUGACGCAAGGCUUUGAAGAAUUCAAAACAGCUAUUCUGAACCGAAGAAUAUUGAGGCUGCAUUCAAUUGGGAAUUUCUUUUCAGGUAGGGAGUGGUCACCUAGAGUACUAUUUGCUUUGGUUCUAAGCAAAUAUAUCUACCAAUCUUUCCUCUUUGGAACAGAUAGGAUUCUUAUUUCAGAGCAUCAAAGAUUUUCAGGAUUCUUUAGGUAUGAACUAGUGGAUGGCGUUGGUAAAUUUAUCAACAAAUACAAUAUUUUAAGGGAGAGAAUUAUUAUUUUGACAAAAUUUAAUUUUCCUAUUGACUAUAAUGACGCUGCUUUUAACACAUUCAAAUUAGGCAGUGAUGGAUACCCUAAAAUUAACUAUGGAACUCUUAAGGAUUGUCUAGGAAAGAUAUCUUUGACGCUGUUGAACAUUCUGUUCAGAACAGAACUGGGGGACUUAAAUUGA